AUGUCAUUACCGUUGGAUCAUAUGGAGAAGCUCAGGAGUCUUAUUUUACUUUGUCUAAGCGCCUUGAAGAACCCAGAGCAGGAUAUGCCUUUGCCGCCAUCUCCUUCCACAUCUCGGGAUGUAGACGGCCGCACUUGCACGUCGUCCACGAUUGCUCGUGGAGCAACGGAACGUGUAGAUGUGUCGCCUUUGCAGGGUUCCGCAGAAGACCAAAUCGCUCUUCGAUGUGGAACCGCAGGAGCAGUGGAGGUAUUAUUUGGAGCAUUUCAAGGUCCAAGUGCAUGCGACGACUGCACCCGAAGUGUUGGAAGCCAUCCGAACACUUCGCAAGUAUACGCAACGGAAACUACUCCACGUGAAACCAGAAGAUGUGAGAAAGCACACCAUACAGAGGAGUCACUCUUUCUCAUCCUCUCCCAGAACCCGGUCUCGCCGCUGACGAACAUUACUCGAACUCCAAUGUGGUUAGAACGUGCGGACUUGCGAUUCAUACGCCUAGAUGACAAGCGCCUGCAACGUGCCAUUCAAGUUUUGAAUGAACAAUUGUGUAACUGGACCACUUUGGACUAUAUAUCUCUGUAUCAAAAGACUAACCCUCUGUUUGACGCACCACAUGGCAACAUUAGCCAAUAUUAUAUGGAUGUGCCGUCUUCGUUUGCAGCCAUUGUAGAGCUGUUGGAAUAUCAAUUGGGACCCGAAGUUCCAGACUUUGUAACCAACUUGUAUAACCUACUCGAAAGGCGCGUACCCAAGAAGAAUUGCAUGGAGAUUGUAUCCCCUCCAAGUGCUGGAAAAAACUUUUUCUUUGAUGCCGUUGUCAGUUUUUAUAUAAACAGGGGCACUAUACACAACUUUAACAAGUAUUCUAGUUUUCCAUUGCAAGAUGCCGUGGGCAAGCGCAUUUUGAUAUGGAACGAACCAAAUUGCGAAUCGAGCGCAUUUGAAACAAUAAAGAAAAUUUUUGGGGGUGAUGUAGACAGUGUAGCGGUAAAGUAUUCGAGCGACAUGACUGUAACACGCACUCCCGUGAUUGUUUUGAGUAACCACGAGACUUUUCCGCGCAUUCCAGCGUUUAACCACAGGAUGUUUAGGUACAGGUGGAAAACUUGUCCAGAAUUGCUAAAGUAUGACAAGAAGGUUAAUCCACUUGCAUUGAUUAAUUUAUUUGAUGCCUACCUCGACGAUCACGAGUAUACUGCCACGCGCCGUGUUCAAUAAAGUGCUUUU